UCCUCAGGAGUUGCGGUAAACACCUGCAACUAAGCUUACAGAAACAGGUUGAGAAGUAAAGAACAGAAAUGUCUACCUCCAUGUCUGGAUCCGGCUAAAAACACCUCUCAGCUAACUAUCCUAUGGGCAACUUCAAGCACCAAUUCACUACUGAUGAUUGUAACUAAGGAAUAAGCUGGUCUCCUAUCCCACUUGGGCAAAAAUUAUUUACUAACUUGGAGGCUGGUUUAGUAAAACCAGUUACACAAUUGUAUCAGACUGGCUGUUUGAAGAAAUUUUGAAGACCUGUCACUUCCUCUUGCGAAGACUAUAAAUCUUGCUACUACCAAAAAAUUAAAUAGUUCUAAAAGAAGAGACCAUCCCUUGCCAGCCAUUGAAGGAGAGAAAGGUACACCGACUCGUCCUACUGUUGCAAUGCCUUGUCUGCUAUGCCCAUCUCUCUUGUGCUGCCUCCUCCUCCUCCUUCCCUUUCCAUUAGGCUCCAUUUCUGCUUCUAAAGGAGACACAGUGGUCAGAACCAGCAGUGGCCCCAUUAAGGGCAAGCAGUUCCUGGCCGGCAUUGGAUCUGUGACAGCCUAUCUAGGCAUUCCUUAUGCUAAGCCUCCAUUGGGGAAGUUGCGUUUCCAGAAACCUCUUCCACAUCAGCCAUGGAAGCAAAUAUUGGAAGCCACCAGUUUUGGCAAUUCCUGUUCUCAAUUUAUUUUCCGGGAUGUCCCUGAAACAGAUAUAUGGUCUCCUAAAACACCACUAUCAGAAGAUUGCCUUUCCCUCAACAUCUGGGUGCCACAGCCACAACCUUCUUCACCAGUCCCUGUUUUGGUCUGGAUACAUGGAGGGGGAUAUUUAUUCGGCACGUCUUCUCUGGAGUUGUUGAACGGGGCAUCCUUGUCUGCUGCUGAGAACGUCAUUGUGGUCACCAUCAAUUAUCGCUUGGGAGCCCUGGGCUUUCUGUACUUGCCACCAGCGGCUCCAGGGAACCUAGGCUUAUGGGACCAACAGCUGGCCCUGAAGUGGGUAAAAGAGAAUGCAGCUGCCUUUGGGGGAGAUCCUUCUCGGGUGACUAUUUUUGGCCACAGUGCUGGAGGAUCUUCUGUGAAUUUCCAUCUUCUUGCACCAAAAAGCCAGGACCUUUUUGCCCAAGCGGUGAUCCAGAGCGGAACAGCCAAUGCCUAUUGGGCUUGGAGGUCUCCUGAGGAAGCCAAACAAAAAUCACUGGAAUUUGUUCAUCUGCUAGGUUGUUCAGAGGACAACAAUAUCAGCAUAGUGCAUUGCCUGCAAACAAAAAAUGUUUCUGAACUUAUUCGGCAUGAAAUAUCUCUGUUCUUGAAAGGUGGCUUCCUUGUCAAUUUUCCCUUCAGGCCAACCACAGAUGGAGAGUUUUUGCUUGGUGAUCCAGAAAAGCUCAUGGAGGAGGGGCAAAUUCAGGUCAAACCAGUCCUCAUGGGUAAAACCUCUGAUGAAGCGGCUUCUUAUGUCCACUCUGUUUUCCCUAACACCACCCACAAUCUCAUCAAUCAAGAGCAGCUUCUGAAAGGGAUACAACUGUUGGCGCCAAAUGCAACUGAAGAUUUUAUUAGGACUAUUGCACUGAAGUACAGUGAAGGAAAUCACGGCCCAGCAAAAUACCGCUCUGCUCUGUCCCACUUCUAUACAGAUCGGAUAUUUGCAUGUCCAUUGAGGGAAGCUGCAGGAAAUAUCAGGAAAACUGGGAGUCCUGUAUAUGCCUAUUUAUUCGCACAUCGCCCUUCAUGGUCAGUUUGGCCUGAAUGGAUUGGAGCAAUUCACAGUGAUGAGAUUCCUUUUGUUUUUGGAACCCUUCAAUCAAUGCUGCCUGUCAAUCAAACAUACACAGAGGCUGAAGCCAGACUGAGCCGUAAGAUGAUGCAUUACUGGGCAGAGUUUGCCAGAACUGGGAAUCCCACUGGGUCAGCAGCCAGCAAGGAUAAGUGGCCACUCUAUAAUGCCACAGAGCAGAAUUUCUUCCUUCUUAAUACUGAGCCAUUCCAGGAAAGGGUGAAAGAGCACUGUGAUUUUUUAAAGAGCCUUUUUUCAAAGGCUGAAGAGACACGAAUCAAUCAAGACUUAUCUUUAAAGCCUGGGCAAAUGAUGACAAGCUGCACCAGAGAACCUUCCAGAAGCUUCCAUUGUCCUUUCAGGGACUGACUGGUGGGAACUUGGAAGACAAAUAAGGAGACAACUAAAACCCACAUCACUUUUGCUGUUAAAAUAAUAAAUUUCUUGGAGUAAUUUGUUAUAUCUUGAUUUGAGAGAGGAGUUUAAUUAAUCCAGCUCCCUCAAAAAAGAACUUCUUAAUAAAUACUGUUUGAAUUCUUAGGAUAAAAAUCCUUUUAUUUUCAUAAUGAAGGGAAAUAGUAAUAAGGAUAUGAUAAAUAAUAGUAGAAUAUAAUAUACUGGAAUACUAUAAUUAGUAGAAACUUGUUAUUCUGUAAACAUUUGUUUCCUGUAGCACAUAUAUGCUACAUUAUGCUUUUGUAUUUGUAUUCCCUGAAAGUAACUUCCUGCAACAAACAUAUGCUGUAUUAGGCCUCUGUAAAGUAUCUGGAAUUUGUCAAACAUAUGUUCCUGCCAUCAAUUUGAAUCCACAUCAAUCUUAUUCCUGUUUUUCUCCUGCCAUCCAAAGCCUGGUACCAAUUUCAAAAAUCUUUACUACUGGUUUUAUGGGCGUGGCUUGGUGGGCGUGGCAUGGUAAGAAUACUGUAAAAUCUCCAUUCCCACCCCACUCUAGGCAAAGGAUACUGUAAAAUCUCCUUUCCCUCCUCAAUCCAGGGGAAAGUUACUGCAAAAUCCCAAUUCCCUCCCCUGGAAGACAAAUAAGGAGACAACUAAAACCCACAUCACUUUUGCUGUUAAAACAAUAAAUUUCUUAGAGUAAUUUGUUAUAUCUUGAUUUGAGAGAGGCUUUUAAUGAAUCCAGCUCCCUCAAAAAAAACCCUCUUAAUAAAUACUGUUUGAAUUCUUUUAUUUUCACAAUGAAGGGAAAUAGUAAUAAGGAUAUAAUAAACAAUAGUAGAAUAUAAUAUACUGGAAUACUAUAAUUAAUAGAAACUUGUUAUUCUGUAAACAUUUGUUUCCUGUAGCUCAUAUAUGCUAGAUUAUGCCUUUGUAUUUGUAUUUUCUGUAAGUAACUUCGUGUAACAAACAUGCUGUAUUACGCCUCUGUAAAAUAUCUGGUAUUUGUCAAACAUAUGUUCCUGCCAUCAAUUUGAAUCCACAUCAAUCUUAUUGAUUGAUAUAGCAUAUGUUUGUUGCAGGAAGUUACUUAUAGGAAAGUUACUUUACUACCGGUUCUGUGGGUGUGGCUUGGUGGGUGUGGCGUGGGAAGGAUACUGUAAAAUCUCCAUUCCCACCCCACUCCAGGGGAAGGUUAUGCAAAAUCCCCAUUCCCUCCCCACUCCAGGGGAAGGAUAUUGUAAAAUCUCCAUUCCCUCCCCAAUCCAGGGGAAGGUUAUGCAAAAUCCCCAUUCCCUCCCCACUCCAGGGGAAGGAUACUGUAAAAUCUCCAUUCCCUCCCCAAUCCAGGGGAAGGUUACUGCAAAAUCCCCAUUCCCUCCAGAUCAGCCGGGAUUCAAGAGGCAGAGAAUAGAUGGGGGCAGGGCCAGUCAGAAUUUUUACUACCAGUUUUCUGAACUACUCAAAAUUUCCGCUACCGGUUCUCCAGAACUGAUCAGAACCUGCUGAAACCCACUUCUGCCUGGUACUUAUCUCAGUUUGGUGCUGCAUACAUCAUCCGGGGGAUAAUUUACAUCUCAGCCCUAAUUUACACCUUUGAUCUGGGUUGUUGGGCGCUCAGUUUCCUUCCCUGCAGCACUAGGGGGCCUAGUGGCCAAUUGGGAGAACAAAGGAAUACUCAAGGAUAAAUAAGAGGCAUUUAUCCUUUGCAGGGCUAUUGGAUACAAACCUAAAUUAGGAGGCAGCAAUUGGGGACUUAACUGGUGUUUCUAACAGUAUAAAAAGGAUGCCAUACCUUCUCUGAGGUGUGGCUUUUCCUUACAGGUCUCUUUUUGUAUAUGUUUACCCAGCUUUUCACUUUUGAUUAACAUUAAACGCUGAUUCUUUCUCAUAA